GCAAAAUGAUGGCAGACCAUAGUCCCAUGCAGAGCCAGCAAGAUUUACAAAAUGGUAGUGUAGAGGAAGGCGUUGCGGUACAUCCCCUUGAGAGCGACUCCCAAAACGGGAUGGAGAGCCUGGGCCCAAGGAAAUACUCUUCCAGUCUGAGGUUCAAAGCCAACGGGGACUAUUCUGGCUCCUAUCUGACCCUCUCGCAACCUGUGCCUGCCAAGAGAAGCCCUUCUCCUCUGGGCACCAGUGUCAGAAGUAGUCCCUCUGUGGCCAAAAUCCAAGCAAGCAAGCCAUUCUCCUGUGAUGGGACUGACAAAAGUACGUCCAUGAAACCUCCCACACCUUUACUCAGCACCCCUUCUGGUGCAUACGCCCUGGGGAGAGCUGACUUUGAUCACUACACUGGGCGGGACAGUGAGAAGCCCUUGAGACUCUCCGAGAAGCCUCCCUAUUCCAAGUAUAGCUCGAGGAAUAAGUCACAUGACAAUGUGUACUUUCUCGGAGGGCUGGAAGGCAGGAAGGCAUCUGGCUCCCUCCUGACCAUGUGGAAUGGCGGUUCCCUGAAUGACAGCGGGCCCUCUCCCAUCAGCAGAUCGGGAGCAGCAAGCAUGCCUUCAAGCCCAAAGCAAGCCAGGAGAAUGAACCUUCAGGACAACCUGACACUGCAGCCCAAGUCAAGCAGACACCGGGAGCUGGCCACCGAAAGCGCUGCUUUACGGACCCGGAAGUAUUCGGGCGGCCUCAGUCACAUGGGAGCCUACAGCCGGUCGCUUCCCAGGUUGUACAAAGCCACAGAGAAUCAGCUGACGCCGCUCAGCUUGCCUCCCAGAAGCUCUCUGGGCAAUUCCAAACGAACAAAACUAGGGGAAAAGGAUCUACCUCAUGGCAUUGUAGACGGCGACAAUUACCUUAACUUUUCCUCUUUAAGCUCAGGAGCCCUCCCCUACAAGUCCUCUGCCUCCGAGGGCCAUCCUUAUGUCAGUUCCACCCUCAGCGUGCCUGCCAGUCCUCGUGUGGCUCGGAAGAUGCUUCUGGCCUCCACCUCCUCCUGCGCUUCUGAUGACUUUGAUAGGGCUUCAUUCCCGGGGACCAGUCCCAGCCACUCGAUUCCUCUUGGAGAGCCAGACAGAUUGUUUGUAGCCAGGAGGAACUUCUCUUGUGGCUCCAUUGAGUUCGACGAUGCUGAUUUGGACAGCCUCCGUCAGGCCUCGGGGACGCCCCAGCCUCCCCUUCGGGAACGAAAGAGCAGCAUUAGCUCCAUUUCCGGGCGCGAAGACCUCAUGGACUAUCACCGGCGGCAGAGAGAGGAGAGACUCAGGGAGCAGGAGAUGGAGCGACUGGAAAGACAGCGUCUGGAGACCAUCCUCAGCCUAUGUGCUGAGUACACAAAGCCCGACAGUCAUUUGUCCACUGGUACAACCGUGGCGGAUGUGCAGAAAAUCAACAAGGAGCUUGACAAGCUGCAACUCUCCGAUGAGGAAUCGGUGUUUGAAGAAGCCCUGGCAGCUGCUGAUACGCGUUACAGGUGCAACCGGAAGGGCUCACACCAUGAUGCAGACUUGGCUGGCUUCGGGGGCCUCGGUCAGAGCAGUGGUAACUUCCUUGCCCCCAGAAACGUCAGAAAUGAGGAGCUGCUCAGUGACCUCACCAGGACGCCUCCUCCACCAUCCUCUGCCUUUCUGAAAGCUUCCAGCGAGUCCUCUUACCUAAGCAUCCUCCCAAAGACCCCAGAGGGCAUAAGUGAAGAACAGAGGGCUCAGGAGCUGGCCGCAAUGGAAGAUGCUCGAAUAGUAAUUCUGAACAACCUGGAGGAGCUUGAGCAAAAAAUCAAAGAUAUAAAUGACCAGAUGGAUGAAUCUUCCAGAGAGUUGGAUAUGGAAUGUGCUCUUUUGGAUGGAGAACAGAAAUCUGAAACAACGGAACUCAUGAAGGAGAAGGAGAUUUUGGAUCAUCUAAACCGGAAGAUUGCCGAACUAGAAAAGAACAUUGUUGGUGAAAAGACCAAGGAGAAGGUAAAGCUUGAUGCUGAAAGGGAAAAACUAGAGAGGCUUCAGGAGCUUUACUCCGAGCAGAAGACCCAGCUGGACAAUUGUCCUGAGUCCAUGAGGGAGCAGUUACAGCAACAACUGAAGAGGGAUGCGGACCUGCUGGAUGUUGAAAGCAAGCACUUUGAAGAUUUGGAAUUCCAGCAGCUUGAGCAUGAAAGCCGACUGGAUGAGGAAAAGGAGAACCUGACCCAACAGCUCCUGCGUGAAGUGGCUGAGUAUCAACGCAACAUUGUUACUAGGAAGGAAAAAAUUUCUGCAUUGAAAAAGCAGGCCAAUCAUAUUGUCCAGCAGGCUCAGAGGGAGCAAGAUCAUUUUGUGAAAGAAAAGAAUAAUUUAAUAAUGAUGCUGCAAAGAGAAAAAGAGAAUCUUUGCAAUUUGGAAAAGAAAUACUCCAGCCUCUCUGGAGGGAAAGGAUUCCCUGUUAACCCCAAUACUCUAAAGGAGGGCUAUAUCAGUGUAAAUGAAAUUAAUGAGCCAUGUGGCAAUUCCACGAAUCUGUCCCCUUCCACUCAGUUCCCUGCUGAUGCUGAUGCUGGUGCUGAUGUCACUGAGCCUGCCACGGCUGUGCCGCAAAGAUCUGCUGUCUGUUCUGGAUUUGUGUUUCCUUCCACCCUUUCUGCUCAUCCUGUCCCUGAGCCUUCAUCAGACCCUUGGCCUGAAGUCAUGACUACAUCUGUCAGUCCUUUCCCUUUAAAUGACACACCUCCUCCUCUACCAGCUAAGAAACACCGAAGGCAACCACCCCAAGAGCAACAGCACUUUAGAAGUCUGGAAGAAAGGAAAAAACAGCAUAAAGAAGUCCUCUAUUUGAGUGAUACUUUGCCUCGAAAGAAAACCACACCUUCCAUCUCCCCACAUUUCAGCAGUGCUACCAUGGGGAGAAGCAGCACCCCAAAGGCUCAUUUGCCACUGGGACAGAGCAAUAGCUGCGGCAGUGUGCUUCCCCACUCACUGGCUACCAUGACCAAAGACUCUGAAUCGAGAAGGAUGCUCAGAGGUUAUAAUCACCAACAGAUGAGCGAAGGGCAAAGGCAGAAACCCUCUGAAUUUUACAGCCGCACAGCAUCUGAGUCAAAUGUCUACCUGAACAGCUUCCAUUACCCAGAUCACAGCUACAAGGACCAAGCCUUUGAUACCUUGAGCCUGGACAGCUCAGACAGCAUGGAGACAAGCAUCUCUGCCUGUUCACCUGACAACAUUUCAAGUGCCAGCACUUCAAACAUUGCCAGAAUAGAAGAAAUGGAGAGAUUGCUGAAGCAGGCUCACGCAGAAAAGACAAGGCUGCUGGAAUCCAGGGAACGGGAAAUGGAAGCCAAAAAACGAGCUCUGGAAGAAGAAAAACGACGCAGAGAACUCCUGGAAAAACGACUUCAGGAAGAAACCAGCCAGAGGCAGAAGUUAAUAGAAAAGGAAGUAAAAAUAAGGGAGAAACAAAGAGCACAGGCUCGUCCUCUGACACGUUAUCUGCCUGUGCGGAAGGAAGACUUUGAUUUGCGAAGCCACGUAGAGACUGCCGGCCACAAUAUCGACACCUGUUACCACGUGUCAAUCACGGAGAAGACCUGCCGUGGAUUCCUCAUCAAAAUGGGUGGGAAAAUUAAAACCUGGAAAAAACGUUGGUUUGUUUUUGACCGAAACAAGCGGACGUUCUCCUACUAUGCAGACAAGCAUGAAGCUAAACUAAAAGGAGUAAUAUACUUUCAAGCCAUUGAAGAGGUGUAUUAUGACCACCUUAAGAAUGCUAAUAAGAGUCCGAAUCCAUUACUUACCUUCAGUGUCAAGACACAUGACAGAAUCUACUACAUGGUGGCCCCAUCCCCAGAAGCUAUGCGGAUCUGGAUGGAUGUCAUAGUUACUGGGGCAGAAGGUUACACUCACUUCCUGUUGUGAACCGAGGAAGAGUCUAUUUCAGGGAACACUGCAGUAAUCUUUUACAAGAAAGAAGUCAUAUCCAAUCCCAACAGACGGACAGACCCGACAGACCAUCCUUGUAGCUGAAUACACUCAGAAACACAACAGACCCGUACCCCGUACUGUAUAUAUUCAGAGCUCCUUUUAUAUUAAUGAAAAGUCAUUUAAAAAACAAAAAGGAAAGAGGGUUUUCAUUCAAUGAUUAGUCAUAAAUAUAAAAAAACUGAAAUUUGUAUGAGAAGAAAAACACCAUUUCGAUAAAUAGCAUCACUUAUAGGAACCUUUUUUGUAAACUUUUUAAAAAUCAAUUGUUUUGGUGAAAUAAACUAAAUUGUUUACAGAAUGUCUGUAUAUAUGUACUUGGAAAUGCAGAAUUAUUUUAGCACACAAAUAAUUGGCACUGACAUGAUUGGAAAUAAGCUGGCUUUUUCUUUUUUUAA